AUGAAUCCAGGAGCAUUUACAGUGGCCCCCGGGACUGAUCCCCAGAGAACCGCAACAUUCAUGCCUUCAUUUGUAGGGGGGGGGGCUACUUCUUCUUCUCAUGUUGAGGGGCUUCCGUCAAGCACGAACGCAAGGAAUCAAAGUACCACAGAUGACCAAGCCACCACUCCCACAAGCAACAAUAGUGGAUUGGCAGUGGCAAACCAGGUUGAAGAAAAUGAAGAACCUACACAGAUUGCUAGACCCGACCAUUUGCACGGGAAAAACAGAUCAAUUUCAAUGACUCUCAUGAUCCUUGUGCUCAUUGGAAGCCUUCUCAUCAUCCGAGCGAUUGUUGGUUCCAUCUGUGGGGCUGGUCUCUGUAGUAACAAAGAUGGUGAUAUGGAGACUCAGGCUCCCACUUCUUUUCGAUAUUUUGUUUUGGAGGACAUUCAAAACAGAAUCGAAAAGGCUUUUGGGCCUGACUAUUUUCCCAAAAAUGAUGAGCAACAGCCCACCCAGCCAAAGUUCAAGGCUCUUGAUUGGAUUGUGUUUGAAGACCCUCUGCAGCUUGACCCAGAUGCCAACAAUCUUCUACAGAGGUUCAUCAUGAUAUUGACUUACUUUCAAACAUCCCGGGAGAGUGACUGGACCGAUUGUGGGCCAUCUACAACUGCAAACGAUGAAACAUGUUGGAUUCCAGAUGUCUUUGGAUCAGAAUCAUUGGCAACUAGGUGGCUCACGGGCGUUCACGAAUGUCAAUGGGCAGGAGUUUCUUACGACGGAGAGAAGAACAUUACUCGGUUUCAGCUUUGUGAGUUCUUUUGUAAUCUGUUUCUUCACAAUCAUGAUCCAUGUACUUAUCCUUAG